CCCCACCUGGGGAUUGGCAGCCCUAAUCUCACUCUAAGGACAAGCAAACUAAUCAGAGAAUGCCAUUCCUUUGAUAGUGUGGAGAAAAGUACCGUCAUGUCUACGAUGGUACACGUUGCUGAUUUAAGUCACCCGGCAAAGCCUUGGGAACUCCACAUCCGCUGGUCGGAAGGCAUUAUGGAUGAAUUCUUUAAACAGGGAGACAUGGAAGCUGAACUGGGACUGCCAAUUUCUCCACUCUGCGACCGUGUGGCUACCAACGUACCUGAGUCUCAAAUAGGUUUCCUAGAUGUCAUAGUCAAACCGGUAUUUACUCUUCUAUUUGAAGAAGUAGAGGAACUCAUUGUUCCUUUUCUCCAUAAAGUUGCCUCUAAAGAACUUUGCCAGAAAUCCACAGGGGCAAGUGGAGUUAAAAAAUCUCAAAGUGGAAACAAUUCCAUGGGUGAAGGAGGGCCGUGUGCAGGAGCAAAAAUCUUAAGCAGCUUAGAUAUAUCAGCAUUUAAGACCACAGUGAUGCAUAAUAUUCAAGCAAACAGAAAUAAGUGGAAGGAAGCUCUGGAGGCCAAGAGAAAAGAAGAAGAAAGCAACAAGGCUAAAGAAAGCAACAACAGUAAAGAAUCACCGGGAAAAGAAAGCAACAAAGCUAAAGGAAACAAGACGAAAGAAUCGCCAGACAAAGAAAGCAACAAAGCUAAAGGAAACAACAAGACUAAAGAAUUGCCGGGAAAUGAAAGCAACAACGCUCACAAUCAUGAAGAUAAAGCACACAACAAAAAAACACAGAAACGAACAAGCAGCAAUACUGCGCUAUCAAAGUCCAAAAAGUAUUGUGUAGUCCCGCAAGCACCCAGUACUUGUGACUGCCAACUGUGUGACAGUCGGGCCUUUGAGCCAAUGAAUCUCAACUUCAUCGUCUUCAACACCGGCUUGCCAGAAAUGUUCUUGCCCCGACAGGAUUCUGAAGCAAUGGAAGUCACAGAAUCGUACGAAGAAUUAGCCGAUAAGGAAAGUUCUUGGAGGAAAGCUGCCGGUCAGACCGUCGAGUCAAACAUCCAGGAGAUGAGAGCCAUGGUCCCCAAAACAAAACCUCUGUCUCCAAACGAGAGCGAUGACGUAAUCAUUGAAGAGUUUGUCCCCGACGAUCCCCAAUCGCAGAUGGCGCUAACAAGCGGGCCUCCCGCUAUCAGUGGUCAAGAAUGCCCACAGCAGCCACCCAACGUUGGCUUCAUCAUGACAGAUCUCUCGAAAAGCGACAUGGAAAUUUUCUCCCUGUGGAACGAAGAAGUCCUGAGACGGGCGGCGGAGCAGCAAAAGCAAGACCACCUCCCAGCGCCAGACGACGCGCCCUUACAGGUGGCCGUCUCGGCCAAGCAACAGAUGGAGUGCCAAGGCUACGAGGGGGCUUCAGCGGGCAAGCCUCCCGAGACCUUCGUCCUGCAAGUGAUUUCUUUCGACUCCCCUUCCAUGACCUUCUCGAAAGAUGCCACUCUAAACUGUAACCCGGGCCUGCAAGCGCUCCCCUCUCCCACAGCAGACGGCAGUGUUGUGCCUGUCAACACAUCUCAACAAAGCCAAACGGACUCCUGCGAUGCUGCAGCGGUGUCUAUCACAUCCUUGAACUACGGAGUCUUUCAGUUACCCCAGUAAGUAUUGCUGUAGAGUGAGAUGGCCUGGCUUGGGCCUAACGACAGUCGUCAUUAAAUGCAACUUGACAGAAAUAAACACA